UUGGCCAGCAGGAGAAAUGUUGGACUGUCUGAGCUUAUCCAGUUGUCUCCUCUUCCCCUCCAGCUGAUCCAGUUGUCUCCUCUACCCCUCCAGCUGAUCCGGUUAUCUCAGCUGAUCCAGUUAUUGCCACUUCCCCUCCAGCUGAUCCAGUUGUCUCCUCUUCUCAUGAAUGACCCCCCAAGGAUGGACAAGGACAGGAAUGAGGUGGCUGAGAGAAUAUUACACUUCACCUUGGAGAUCCUCCACCUGCUGACUGGAGAGGAUUACACCAUAGUGAAGAAGACAUGGGGGGAGUGUGUGGCCCCCAGCAGCCAUCUCCAUGAGUCAGGAGGACCGAGCAGGGCCCGGGGCCCCAUCAAGGAGCCUCCACUUCACUCAUUGAUAAAUGAGCAGAAGAUCCUAGAACUCACCCACAGGAUCACUGAGCUGCUGACUGGAGAGGUUCCUAUAAGGUGUCAGGAUGUGGCGGUCUAUUUCUCCAUGGAGGAGUGGGAGUAUGUAGAAGGACACAAGGAUCUGUACCAGGACAUAGUCAUGAUGGAGGAUCACCGGCCCUUCACGUCACAAGAUGGAGUCAUUGAUAGAAAUCCACCCGAGAGGUGUCCCCGUCCUCUGUAUUCCCAGGACUGUCCAGAGGGAAAUGUCCCAGAGAUCAAUCAGGGUGAAGAUCUGAUGGAUAUUAAGGUUGAGGUUAAAGUUGAACCAGAAGAGGAGACGGAUUUCUGGGCCGAUCAGCAGUAUGGAGUCAUGGAUAGAAAUCCACCUGAGAGGUGUCCCCGCCCUCUGUAUUCCCAGGACUGUCCAGAGGGAAAUGUCCCAGAGAAGCAUCAGGGGGGAGAUCUGACUAAUUAUAAAGUGGAGGAUGAAGAAGAGAGGAUGAGGGGCCAUCACCCGUGUAUGAGGGAAGUGAAGGAGGAAAUUCCAGGAGGUGUUACCCCAGGAAAUCCCAGUAAGAAUUCUGAGGGAAACUUCAUGUUAUUCCUGAAUGAUAGAGGAGAUGGAGAGAUCAUGGAGCGCUCCUCAGGAGAAGACCUCCUUACCCCUAAUGUCCAUCCAUAUCUAUCAUAUAAUAAUCCCCCUGAUCAUGAGGAAUCUUCUCCUGACCAACCACACAUUUUUACCACCACAGAGCAGAAAGAGAGUGAAAGUCUUCAAUGUGAUGAAUGUGGGAAACAGUUUACAAGAAGAUCAGAUCUUGUUAUACACAGUGAAAGUCAUACAGAAGAGAAGCCGUAUGUGUGUUCAGUAUCUGAGAAACCAUAUAUAACCCAAUCACAUCUUCAGUUACAUGAGAAGAGUCACACAGAAGAGAAGACAUAUUUAUGUUUAGAAUGUGGAAAAUGUUUUGUAGAUAGAUCAAGUCUUGUCAUGCAUGAGAUAAUUCACGCAGACGAGAAGCCAUAUUCAUGUUUGGAAUGUGGAAAAUGUUUUGGAGAUAGAUCAAGUCUUGUCAUGCAUGAAAAAAGUCACACAGGUGAGGAGCCAUAUACAUGUUCAGAAUGUGGGAAAUAUUUUGUAGGGAAAACAAGUCUUGCCCUACAUGAGAGUAGUCACACUGGAAUAAAGGCACAUUCCUGUUCAGAAUGUGGCAAAUGUUUUACACGAAAAUCACAUCUUGUUAAACAUGAGAAAAUUCACACAGGAGAGAAUCCAUAUCCAUAUUCAUGUUCAGAAUGUGGAAAGUGUUUCAAAUGCAAAUCCCAUCUUCUAUCUCAUGCGAGAAGUCACCUAGGAGAGAAGCUUCAUUCAUGCUCAGAAUGUGGGAAACGCUUUACAAGAAAAGCAGCUCUUGUUAAACACGAGAGAAGUCACACAGAAGAGAAUUCAUAUUUAUGUUUAGAAUGUGGAAAAUGUUUUAUAACUAAUGUAGAACUUAUUAGACACAAGAGAAGUCACACAGGAGAGAAGCCAUAUUCUUGUUCAGAAUGUGGGAAAUGUUUUGCAUAUAAAUCACGUCUUGAUAUACAUGAGAAAGGUCACACUGAAGUGAAGCCGUAUUCAUGUUCAGAAUGUGGGAAAUGUUUCAAAGUCAAAUCCAGUCUUCUUGCACAUGCGAGAAGUCACACAGGAGAGAAGCCAUAUUCAUGCUCAGAAUGUGGGAAAUGUUUUGCAAGUAAAUCAUAUUGUGUUAUGCAUGAGAGAAGUCACACAGGAGAGAAGCCGCAUUCUUGUUCAGAAUGUGGGAGAAGUUUUAUAUGGAAAUCCCAACUUGUUGCACAUGAGAGUAGUCACACAGGAGAACGGCCACUUUGAUGUUCUGUAUGUAGAAAAUGUUUUACAAGGAAUUUAGGCUUGGAAACUCAUCAGAGAAUUCACAGAGGAGAAACCCCGACCCCCAUUACUGUACCUGAUGGGCCUGAAUUGUGGCAGAACAUGCACCAGAAUAAUGUUGUGUAGAAUUAAUUAUACAUUUAUUGUAAUGUUUAUACCGGGAAGAAUAGUUAUGUCCCAAAUGUUUGUCUUUACUAUGUAAUAAUGACUAAAGCUGACGCUGCUCUUAUCCUCCCGUGUAUCAAAUAGUCAUCGAUGUCACAAAUACAUUGUAACAUCUGAUAAUACAACAAACGCCACAUCCCCCCCCCCCCCCCCCCCCACAGGGAGUAGUGCCGAUCAAUUUAUGGUCCUCAGCUGUAUACACGGCCCUUACUCCACUUAAGAGGUGCCCCUUAUAGCACUGGGUACUGCUAGUUACCCCUCACACUAUGACAACCCCCUGAUAGGUGACUGUGCCCUCUGGGGUAUAAUAAGGGGGUGUCCUCUGGUAGACCCACUAUGGUGUCCGGUGGUGUUCACGCACCGCCUAUAGUCCACACAGUGCGCAGAAUAGCUUGACGUCACUUAUUUGACUUAGACAGGAUUUCUAUUGUAUAUUUGUGUUUUUAUGUUUGUUGUAAAUGUUUUCAAUACAUCAAGAUGUUUUUCCGGAGACACAUUGUAUCCAAUUGAUUUCCUUUAAUGAUCAUAUUACAGGGAAUGUAGACAAGUUGUGGCCUUGUUUAUUCUUUAUCAUUAUUUAUAAUAAUUAUUUUCCACCGGAGCACCCCUUUAAAGGUGUACUUCCCCCCUCCC